AUGAGGUUCAGUAGAUUCAACCGCAAGUCUCUAUCUCAUUGUACGUCAGAGAAUGCAUUCUUAGUCUAUAAGAGAUGCAAUUACAACUUCACCAAGUACAUUGGGGAUAGUAAAGAGAUCAACACAAUGCUACCUUUUAAUGAAACUGGCCACUUCUCUCAGACGUUAAUGACUGACUCAAACGAGGAAUCUGGGAGUAGUAUGAAAGAGAAUAUAGGUCCUGAAGAUGAUGAGAACGCAGAGAUAAGCCCACUUUUGGGUUGUGAUAUAAGGAAGGGUCAGAAUAAUAUGAGAACCAUCCAUUUAGGGAUGGCGAAAGUAAGCAUAACAUCUCAUUACUUGAUGAGAACACAAACUGAAUAUACUUAA